AUGGAAUUUACAGAUUUCAGAGAGCUCAAGAAACUCAUGGCAGAGAACAGUGUCAAUGAGUUUGAGUUCGAAACUUCUAAUGAGGCUGAGAAUAAAUAUGGGGGUAAAGGGGGUGGGACUUAUGAAACCUACAAAAACUCUGCCAUUCAGCAGAGUCAUAAUAAGAGAGAUAGGAAUAUGAGCGAUGAUACAGAUCCUAAAAGUAAAGGCAGUAGUGGUAUCGAUUCAAGCAGUGGAAGUAGCAGCAGCUCAUCAGAAGAUGGUUCAGAUGUUGAUGAAUAUAAUUAUAUGCCAGGUGUGAAAAUUGAUGCAAUAGAGGAAGAUGAUGAUGAAGAUCUAGAUGAUGAGGAUGAUAAGGAUGAUUAGCUUAGAUAAAAAACUGGCAAGAAAAGUACUCUAAAAGAAUCUGAGAUUUAAGAAUCAUAAGCUGAUUUAGUUAGCAACACAGAGGACAUGAUGAGUUAAAUGAAUAGAGAAGAUGAGGAAGAAACUAAGUAAGUUAGACAGGGUACGGUUAAAUAAGUCAAUGACUAAGUAAAUGGAUAAGCUAACAGAAAAAGUUCGUAUCAAAUUCAAUUUGAAAAUAAGCAAGGCUAGGAAAAAUUUAAAAAGGAAGUCAUGGAUGAAUAUAAGAAAGAUAAAGUACUAACAUUUCGAGAUAUGAGUCAUCUCAGUUAUUUCGGGAUGAAGAAAAACUAAAAUACAGAUUAACUUUCUUAUGUCACUGAUUUCAACUCCGACAACAAAGUUUAAGUAUAAAGUCAUAAUCAUACACCAAAAGAUAUAGCUUAAGAAAUUAUCGAAGAUCUGCUGGAUAUAGUAUUUGGAGAUAAUUAAAAUGAUGAUACAGCUGGAAAAGGGUUCAUCAAUGAUUAAGUUAUAAUGAAUAAUUUUGCUUCACUCAGGAAAAAGGUUUUUAUUAAGGAAAAGGUGGAUAUCAAGCCAAAAACUUUCAAAAAUAACAGACUUAACUAAACUGAUUAAAGUAAAAACAAUACUUUAACAACAAACUCAGCAUUUGAGGAAAGUUUAUAAGAAAAAUCUCUGCUAACCACCAUCAUAGAUAAUAAUAAUGAGAAUUCGCAUGACUUUUUAUUACCUACACCUUCUACUGGAGAUUCAAAGGCCAUUAGCAUUAAAAUAUAUCUGUUCACCACUCCUAAAUUCAUUCAAAUCUAUAUUUACAGAAAAAGCUAAGUAUAGGAUGUCAUAAGACAUAUCAUGACAAUGUAUUCGAAAGACUAAAUACUAUCUAAAGAUAACCCUUUGAAAUAUCAUGGAGUUCCUGAUGCUUAUGAACUUCGUAUAAUAGAUGACGAUGAAGACUAUUUUGUCCCAUUUUAUGAUAUUGGUCCUUUAGAGAGGAAGGAUGAGAUUGGUGAAUUCGAGAGUCUUGCAUUCCUUGAAAAUAAGACAUAUAUCAAUCAAGCAAAGCAGAAUAAGACCUAGCCUGAUGAGUAUUCACUGCAAGUUGAAGAGCAACUGAAAAAGGAAAAUAAAAGACUUCUAGCUAUUCAAAUUAAUACCGCAAUCUUGAAAUCUAAUAUGUCUAUUGUAAUGAAUUAGGAUGAAACAUUGAGAGAUUUGACGGAUUAAAUAUCUAAGAGAGCUGGCGAAAAUUUUCUCAACUAGAAACUUUUCGUUAUUAUUCCAUGCUAGUUGUAAAGUUAGAACAAGAAUUAAUAUUUGGCAACAAUAUCUUAAUACGGUGGUCAAACUACAGCGUAUUAAGAAAAUAUCUUCAACAUUGCCCAGCAGAGUGGGAGAUUUGACUACGAUGCGAAUCAUCUAAAUUAAAACACAAUCAUUAGAAAUUUGAAAACAACAAAUCUUAUGCUGACUGAUAGAAUAUAUGUCGAUAAACCUAUAAAUAAAUAAAAAGAAGUUCCUAUGCAGAAAAAGAAAGAUAUGGAAAGUACAUUUAAAGAAAACAAUGUGCUUUAGUUGUUAAAAAAUACAUCAACCAAUACUUCCUAAAAUACUACUAAUUAAUAUGAAAAUAUGUCCCUAAUCUAGCCAAGUUCAUCGAAUGAAAAAGAAAAAUAAGAACAUAGGCAAGAAGAUGAUUUCUUAUUCGGGAGUAUAUCUGCAGCAAAGCAUCAAGAAUUUGUUGUCACUAAAAUAAAUAGAAGAGGAAAAAGACAGACUAGAGUGCUAGGAAUAGAUGGCUUUAAUAUCUAUAACAUUAGAAAAAGUUAAGCUAAAGCAGGACUUGGAGGCUAAUCUGUUGAUGUUACAAUGCCAACUGAAAAGGAGAAGAAAAGAGGCUCAUUCUUUAGUGGUUUCUUAGGGAAAAAGCUUCUUGGAGUUAAAAGAAAAGCUAGAGCAAUCAAUACCAUAGAUGAAAUUAUAAAAAUCAACAAUCAAACGAUAUCAAUAGUAUUUCUAGAGAAAAGUGGAACAAAAAAGGCUAUUGUCUAUGAAUGCUUAUCGGCUGAUAAUUGCUCGGAAAUCAUAGCAAAACUCAAUUUCCUCAGACAUGCUAACAGUAAUAUAAGCGCUUCUGUCCAGCAACCAUCGACAAUGCUUGCCCAAUCCAAAUUCGCCUUUUGA